CCCAAACGAAGUGGGGGUACUUGAGCGGAAUCAGGAAUAUAUAAAUUUGAAUGGGCAGAAUUUUCUUCAUAUCGUCUUCUACUGUCGAAACAACACCAAAAUGAAAGUGAUCGCUCUUGCCUUAGCUCUCAUCGCAGUAGCUGCAGCUGCCCCACCAGCCAUUAAAGUAGCCAGUGGAGCUUCAAAAGAUGCUGUAAUCCUUCGUUAUGACAGUGACAACAUUGGUGUGGGUCCAUAUGCCUACAGUGUCGAAACCAGUGACGGACAAGUGAAAGAAGAAAGGGGUGAAAUUGUCGACGCAGGAACUAAAGAGGAACACAUCGCAGUCCAAGGAAGGUUCAGCUACCCAGGUCUUGACGGUGUUCUUUAUGAAGUAGUCUACGUUGCUGACAAAGACGGAUUCAGAGCCCAAGGAGCUCAUCUUCCAGUUGCCCCACAAUAAAUGAUCGAUUUGUAAUAUUUUUGUAUAGCCAUCUUCACUAUUUAUUUCCGUUGAUAUUCAACAUUUCCGGUUUAAUAAAAAU